CCGGUAUAAAAACAGCUGCGUCCUUUGCUCGGCCACCAUUUUGAGAUUUACUCACGCUCCAGUUAGUCUCGCUAGUAAUCUCAUCGUCAUUGUUUAAACAUGAGCGACCAGCUUUGCAAACUUUUCGUCGGUGGACUCAACGUGGACACCGACAGCGAUGGCCUGCGCAAGCAUUUCGAGAAGUACGGUACGAUCACCGACUGCGUUGUCGUCGUGAACAAGCAGCUGCAACGGUCCCGCUGCUUCGGCUUUGUGACCUACUCCACGACGGAGGAGGCUGACGAAGCCAUGAAGGCCAGGCCGCACACCGUCGACGGUAACGCCGUCGAACUGAAGCGCGCCGUGGCGCGAGAGGACGCGAACAAACCAGAGGCCCUCGCCAAGGUGAAGAAAGUCUUCAUCGGUGGCCUGAAAGACGAGAUCGAGGAGGAACACCUGAUCAACCAUUUCAGCCAGUACGGCGAGAUCGAGAAGGCCGAAGUCAUCUCGGAGAAGGAGACCGGGAAGAAACGAGGCUUCGGCUUUGUCUAUUUCGCCGAGCACGACGCAGCCGACAAAGCCGUUGUGGUGAAAUUCCACAACAUCAUGGGACACAAAGUUGAGGUAAAGAAAGCCCUCUCCAAGCAGGAGAUGCAGGCCUCAGGCAGAGGCGGCAUGUCGAUGGGCGGCCGGCCGGGCAGAGGCAUGAGAGGAAAUCAAAAUGGCUACGGCGGCAGGGAGUAUGGCGGAAACUACAACUACGGAAAUGGCGGAGGCUACAACUGCGGCGGUGGUGGCGGCUACGGAGGAUACGGCGGCUAUGGGGGCGGCUAUGGAGACCAGGGCAGUGGAUACGGUGGUGGAAACGGCUACAACGAGUUUGGAAGCGGUUAUGGCCAACAUUCAUCCGGCUAUGGUCCCAUGAAGGGGGGCCCCUUCGGUCACCAGAGGAGCGCUGCUCCCUACAGCAGAGGCGGCGGCAGUGGCUACCCGAGGGGGGGCUAUGGCGGCGGCGGCUACUAGAUGACACUUCUGAGCGGAAAAUCGACCACCCAUCCCCCCCACAGCCACUACAUAAACCCCCAACCUGGAUUCGAACGCCAAAUUCAAAAUCGGUUACGGGGCGUCUGCCGUGAACCAACCAUGGCAGAGAUCAGGACACAAAGAAUCCCCACUAACCUCAAAAACCCAAACAGGUUGCUAUGGUAACCUGGGCAUGAGGACAUCACCCUGAAAACUAUUGGGGUGCGUGUCUCACCGCUGGCGGGGACCAAGAUCUUGUGUCUUCUCCCACAGGUGAAGUUUCACAUGGGAUUCCUCUGUGCUCAAAAUGAGUUUGAAUGUGUACAGGUUUUAAUCUUUUUUUAAAAUUAUUUUUUACAAUGGUAUUUUUAUAAAACGGUGCUCGGGUGCAGUGAGUCAUGGCACUACUGGUGACCUGGCCCUGCAGGUGAUUCCUAAUUCCUAUUUUGGAUAUUGAGUGUGAAUGAUUUAUAUAUAAAAAAUUAUACUGGCCCAAACGGGCUGAUAUUUUAAAUAAAGUAAAUUUGCAACAUGAGCCAAUUCAGUUGUCUUCUGAAGUCUGAUUUAUCCAAUCAGCUGGACUGAUUUUUUUAAAAUGUUAGAAUUGAUUUUAGGGAAUUUUAAUCUCUGGAUGGACAUGUGACUUGAGUCACAGAUGUACUCUUAUUUUGAUGAAAAACUUAAAUAAAGUUAUACCUGACUGUGUGACUUA